AUGCGUCUCCUUAACCUCUCAGUACUCGUCCACGCCCUGUUAGCGACGGCGGUCGCUGCUCAGGGCCUGAGCGACAAUCUCUCCAGUGCCGUAUCGGAUGUUGCUGGCGCAUCUCCUACAUCAUCUGAAGAUGCUCCCACUACUUCACAGGCCCCGCCUACCUCCAGUGCUGCUCCCACGACCUCUGAAGCACCCACCACCUCGGCGGCUCCCACUACCACCAGUGUUGACUCAACCACUAGCACCUCUUCCACCACCUCAUCCUCUUCGUCCUCCUCCGACGAGCCCACCACUACUCCUGCUCCCCAAACAACCACCUCCGACUCUGUAGCUCCGUCUACCACUACUUCGGAGCCUUCAAAGACCACUUCUUCUGAAGAUAGUAAAAGCACCACUUCAACAGAUAAACCCCACACUACCGCAACUCCUGUUGUUCAUACCAUCACCUCGGAGGUCACUAUCAGUGGCACCCCUCAGCCAACCGAAAUCAAGACCACUUCUACUCCCACUGCCGACGCAUCUCUCAACUCUGACAACAGCAGCUCUUCCGGCGGCGGUGGUCUGUCGGACAGCAGCAAGAAAGUUGUCAUCGGUGUUGUUGUCGGUGUCGGUGGUGCUAUCGUCCUCGGUGUCCUCGGUGUCGUGAUCUGGCGUAUCCAGAAGAAGCGCAAGGAGCAGUUGAAUGAUGAGCAAGACGAUCUGAUGGGUGGUACUGCUGUGGGCUCCAACCCUCACGAGAAGGCUCCAAGCCCAGUUGGCGGAACCCCGUUCAGGAACACUCUGGACCAGUACCACAACCCUGGCCCCAUCAACGCUUCAUCGAAUUUCUAA